AUGGCUAUUGGCUACCAUGGUCCAUGGCCUUGCCCUUUUCUUGCUGCGUCGAAACCUACAAGCACUGGACUCCUUUCAGCACCGAUCCAACAAUCGCCUGACAUUGGGCCACAACGACAGCAACAACAUUCUUGGCCCAAUAAAUCGGUUUUUGGUUCAGCCCAACAACAGAAGCCCACACAUGCAUUUUGCUGGAUAGCAUCUUUCUUCUAUUUGGCAUUUGGCACUGGCUCAAAAUCGUCGUCUCUCAACCUACACAACUCGCCACCGCUGCCUGCUACCAUUGCUUUCCAUCGUGUUCUACCCAAGCAUCGCCAUAUCAGAGAUGCACAACAAGUGCUUGACGAAAUGCCUGAAGAGAUUAUGUCUGCAAUUCCAUCAUUCACCCCCUCCCUCGCUCUCUGCACCGCCGAAAAAUAUGUGAAGCCCAUGCUCAAAAAUUCGUUCUAUCCUCCAGGUCAAGCCGCAGUUAUUCAUCCUACCGAAACAAGUUUUAUAAAAAAACGGAUAUUUUUUAGCAUGGGGAAAAAGUGGAGGCGUUGGCAAGGUUUGAGGAUCUUGGGAGGUAGAGUAGGAAGGAUUAUUGGUGGUGUGGCUUCCACCGGAGUCCCUAAUAAAGAUAUUGGUUGA